UUACAGAUCAUGUAUUCGAUAUAAUUUCAAUAAAUAAUCAUUAAUAGAACUCAAAUACAAGAUUUUUUUCGUCAAAAAACCAACCACUUAUCAGUUUAUACCUUAUAAAUUUCAAAUAUUUGUUUGAGUCAUGGUAAUUCCCUCUUAUUUCUUUUGCAUUUACAAAAUUCUAUUAACAAUUACAAAUAAAAAAUGCACUUUAGAUAUGAAGCUCGGGUUUAUAAGUAAUAUAUAUUUCUUAUUGUGAUUGAAUAAUUAUAGUAUUACAAUAAAAAGAAUUAUAGAUGAAAUAUUUUUCGAAAUUAGGUUGAUAUUUGAGGAAAACGGAUAAGCUUUACAUCGAAAACCUAUCCUAAGGAUGUAAUUAGUUUCAAUAACAUAAUAAAAAUAUAAGUUGAAUAUGAAUUCUGGUACAUGUUGUGUAGUGAAGUUGGGGGAAAGAUUAUGAAAGCAAACUAAAUUAUUAAUCAAAAGUAGUACAGGUUUAGAGAAAGGGGCAAAGGAAGAAAUUAGGGGACCAAAUGUCAUACUUUGUCCUGCCCACACUUUAAUUCCUUACUUUACACCUACCUGAAGGUUACCUACAGUUAAGAUAUAUAGCCCUUUUAACUUAUUAUUAUAUAUGAUUGAUGGUAAUAUUAUCAAGAGAAAGGCUCCACCAGCCACUCCCUCAAACUUGUCUCACCAACUCAUAUCUAGAAGCAAAAUUUGGUUCACUGCCCUCUCUCUUUCUUUAUCUUUCUCUCUCUGGGUUUGUUGGAUUAAUAGUCAAAAGGCUAUAAAACCACAUCUAAAGUUCUCUCGAAGGGCCGGCCUCCAUGUUCCAGCAACACAGAAAACAAGUCCUCCAUUCCAUUUUCCACCCUCAAUACUACUUCUAAAUUCUGAAUUUUUUGGUUAUUUAUAAUACUAUGUACUAUUGAGAAACAUCCAAGCGAAGGUACUUUAGUGCUAGUUUAGUAGUUUUCCACAACUCAAAUGGGAAGGUCUCCUUGCUGUGAGAAAGCUCAUACAAACAAAGGUGCAUGGACCAAAGAAGAAGACGAUCGCCUCAUCGCUUACAUCAGAGCCCAUGGUGAAGGUUGCUGGCGCUCACUCCCUAAAGCUGCUGGCCUUCUCCGUUGUGGCAAAAGUUGUAGACUUCGCUGGAUCAACUACCUAAGACCUGACCUUAAACGUGGCAAUUUUACUGAAGAAGAAGAUGAGCUCAUUAUCAUGCUGCAUGGCCUUCUUGGUAACAAGUGGUCUCUUAUAGCUGGGAGAUUACCAGGAAGAACAGAUAAUGAGAUAAAGAAUUACUGGAACACACAUAUAAGAAGGAAGCUAUUGAACAGAGGUAUUGAUCCUGCAACUCACAGGCCACUCAAUGAUGCUGCUCGGGAUGUAACAACAAUAUCUUUCAGUGGUGCUAAAGAAGAGAAAGAACAGCGUAAUAACCCUAGUGGAUUUGUCAACAAAGAUGAUGAGAAGAAAAUCCCAGUUCAAGAAACGUGUCCAGACUUGAAUUUGGACCUCAGAAUUAGCCCUCCUUACCAUCAAAGCCAGGCGCCAGAGCCAUUGAAAACUAGGGGAAGGACUCUUUGUCUUGUUUGCAGUUUGGGAGUGAAAAACGGCAAAGGCUGCGCUUGCAGCAUCGGUGGUACUGCUGGUAGCAGCAGUAGCAACAGCAACAGUGGUUAUGAUUUCUCAGGCUUGAAAACUGGCUUCUUGGAUUAUAGAAGUUUGGAAAUGAAAUAAGAGGGAAUUUCAAAAUUUUUUUUUAAUCAUUUAGCUCAACAGAAAAUGGAAAGAAAUGACAAGGAGAUUAAAUGUUCUUAGUUUUAAAAUCCCUCUAAUUUUCUCUUUAUCUCUAAUUUCUAUUAUUAUUAUUAUAUCAAUAUAUAUAUAUAGAUAUAUAGUAAUAGUAGUCCAGGUGACCAUUAUUGGUGAAUGUUUUUGCAUUUAUUGGAUUAUACACUUUCUUUUCUUUUACCUUUAUAAUUUUUCUUUUACCACUCUUUUCCAAGAAAAAGUUGAGCUUUGUCACACCUCAAUGAUCAUUGCUCAGAUCUUCAAAAGGGUCAUGGCUCAGGCUUAAUUUGGUUUUGUUGUUGUUAUUCAGAAAGAGGAAAGGAGGGAGGGAUUUUUUUUUUCUUAUUUUUAUUUCAUAUGCAAAUAGAGUGCUAGUCUUGAAGCAAUGGUAAGAUGUAGAAAGAAGGUUAUGUACUAUAAACCCUCACCCAAACUAUCGUCAAGUUGAGAGUCUUAUGCACUACAAUUUGCCCUUUAUUUAUUUCAAAUACAAAUGAUGACUCUUUCUCCUAUUUCACAA